AUGGGUGCCAACAACGGAAAACUCUAUGGAAGCGAGGGCAAAGGGAGCUCCAGCAUCUCGUCCGACCUGAGUUCCAGCACCGAUCACACUCAAAGCGGCAAAGCUCCCAAGAAUGCGACUCCCAGCGAAGAAGGUUUGGACUCGCGCACGCUGAGCACCCCGAGCCCCGGCCUCAAGUCGUCGUCCCUGUCGUCGCCGGCGCCGUCAAGCAACGGCCACGACGGCAACUCCGCGUCGUCGUCUUCGUCCGAGGCGGCGGCGCCAGAGCGCCCCCGGCUGAGUGGGCAUUCCAAGGGCCGCUCCCCGACGGACCUCCUGCCGGACGUCCUCCUGCUGGAAAUCUUUUCGCACCUUUCCAGCGACCAGCUGUGCCGCUGCGCUCGCGUGUGCCUGCGCUGGUACAAGCUAGCGUGGGACCCGCGGCUUUGGCGCACCGUGCGGCUGGCCGGCGAGCAGCUGCACGCCGAUCGGGCCCUGCGGGCGCUGACGCAGCGACUGUGCCGGGACACGCCAGACGUGUGCCUGGCCCUGGAGACUGUGGCGGUCAGCGGCUGCCGGCGGCUUAGCGACCGCGGGAUGCGCGUGUUGGCGCAGCGCUGCCCCGAGCUGCGUCGGCUGGAGGUGGCCGGCUGCUACGACGUCUCCGAUGAAGCCGUCUUUGAGGUGGUGUCGCGAUGUCCCGGCUUGGAGCACCUCGACCUCUCGGGCUGCUCCAAGGUGACGUGCAUCAGCCUGAGCCCUGAAGGUUCGCUGCCAGCGCCGCUGCCGCCCGCCCUGCAGACCUCCCUCCGCUACCUGGACAUGAGCGACUGCUCCCGGCUGGAGGACGAAGGCCUGCGCGUGAUCGCCGCGCACUGCCCGCGCCUGACGCACUUGUACCUGCGGCGCUGCGGGCGGCUGAGUGACGAGGCGCUGCGCCACCUGGCACCCCGCUGCCCGUCCCUGCGCGAGCUGAGCCUGAGCGACUGCCGGCUACUUGGCGACUUCGGCCUGCGGGAGGUGGCCCGCCUGGAGGGUCGCCUGCGCUACCUGAGUGUGGCGCACUGCCCGCGCGUCACCGACGUGGGCCUGCGAUACGUGGCGCGCUACUGCCCCAAGCUGCGCUACCUCAACGCCCGUGGCUGCGAGGGCCUGACCGACCAGGGCCUGGGACACCUGGCGCGCGGCUGCCCCAAGCUCAAAUCGCUGGACGUGGGCAAGUGCCCCCUGGUUUCCGACGCCGGCUUGGAGCAGCUGGCACUCUGCUGCGCCGCCCUGCGCCGCCUCAGCCUCCGGGCUUGCGAGAGCGUGACGGGGUGCGGCCUGCGGGCGCUGGCCGCCAACUGCUGCCAGCUGCAGCUGCUCAACGUGCAGGAGUGCGAAGUGGCGCCAGACGCGCUGCGUUUCGUGCGGCGCCACUGUCGCAAGUGCGUCAUCGAGCACACCGACCCGGCCUUCUAUUGA